CAUAUAGUGGUCGUUAAGAAGACCCGCCUUUGCGAAUGCUGGUUGGCCGAAUCCGGACGGAGCCGAGCGCUGAUUGGUUCCCGCGGGUGUCCGUCAGGGGCCUGGUUGCGGCCUGUGAGGGAGCGUCAGGGAGGCCAUUUGCGGCUAGAAGGGGAGAGCGAGAGCGAGAGCGUCUGAGGCCCAGAAGGAGCGCCUCGCCCGCGGCCGGGAUUCAAAGGAGGAGGAGGAGGAGGAGGUAUCUACAUUUUGCAGUGGCUUGUCUUCAGGGCGACCAGAGCUUCAUUUCAGAGGCACAGGUAGAAGGAGAAGCACUUUCCAGAACUGCAUGCAACAGUGGUCCUAUUCAGCUGGAGACAAUUUGUUCCUGAGGCGAGUUAUUGCUAAGCCUGUGUUAGUCUUACAAGUUGCACCAGAUUUUAAAGAUACCGGUGCAGGGUUUGGAGGAAGAAAAUUGUCCACAUAUGCCACAGCAUUUCAUGGCCUAAGCAGAUCUUGAAAACUGUGCCAGAUCCUGGGAAAUAGACUACAUGACACUACAUCAUGAGUGAAAGUAAAUGUGAUAGUCAAUUUUACAGUGUACAAGUUGCAGAUUCAACAUUCACUGUACUAAAACGAUACCAACAAUUGAAACCCAUUGGUUCUGGGGCACAAGGCAUUGUUUGUGCUGCAUUUGAUACAGUCCUUGGAAUAAAUGUUGCUGUAAAGAAACUGAGUCGUCCUUUUCAAAACCAAACACAUGCAAAACGAGCUUACAGAGAACUUGUGCUCUUAAAGUGUGUCAACCAUAAAAAUAUUAUUAGUCUGUUAAAUGUAUUCACACCGCAGAAGUCACUAGAAGAAUUUCAAGAUGUGUAUUUGGUUAUGGAACUGAUGGAUGCUAACUUGUGCCAAGUUAUUCAUAUGGAGCUGGAUCAUGAAAGAAUGUCCUACCUCCUGUAUCAGAUGUUAUGUGGUAUCAAACAUCUUCAUUCAGCUGGUAUCAUCCACAGAGAUUUAAAACCCAGCAAUAUAGUAGUAAAAUCAGAUUGUACUCUUAAAAUCCUUGACUUUGGACUGGCAAGGACAGCAUGUACUAAUUUCAUGAUGACUCCAUAUGUGGUAACACGAUAUUACAGAGCACCAGAAGUUAUUCUUGGCAUGGGAUACAAAGAGAAUGUUGAUAUCUGGUCAGUUGGUUGCAUCAUGGGAGAAUUGGUGAAAGGUUGUGUGAUAUUCCAAGGCACUGAUCAUAUUGACCAGUGGAAUAAAGUUAUUGAACAGUUAGGUACACCAUCAGCAGAAUUUAUGAAGAAACUCCAGCCUACUGUGAGGAAUUAUGUGGAAAAUAGACCAAAAUAUCCAGGUAUUAAAUUUGAAGAGCUCUUCCCAGACUGGAUAUUUCCAUCAGACUCUGAUCGUGACAAAUUAAAAACUAGUCAAGCUAGAGAUUUACUAUCAAAAAUGCUAGUAGUAGAUCCAGACAAACGAAUUUCAGUAGAUGAAGCUUUACGUCAUCCCUAUAUCACAGUUUGGUACGACCCAGCUGAAGCUGAAGCACCACCACCUCAAAUCUAUGAUGCACAGUUGGAAGAAAGGGAACAUGCCAUUGAAGAAUGGAAAGAACUAAUUUAUAAAGAAGUAAUGGACUGGGAAGAAAGAAAUAAGAAUGGUUUAGUAAAAGAACAGCCUUCAGAUGCAGCAGUGAAUAGCAAUACCAGCCCUUCUCAGUCAUCAUCGAUCAAUGACAUUUCAUCCAUGUCAACAGAACAAACACUGGCUUCAGACACAGAUAGCAGCCUUGAUGCUUUGACAGGAACACUUGAAGGAUGCCGGUGAUCACCUCUGAAAAUUGAACAUUGGCCAAAAAAAAAAAAAAUUCUUUCUCUUGGGCCUGAAUUGCUUGUAAGUUUCAUGGAACCAAGUAGGAAAAAAAACCCUCCAUGUUCUGCAUGUUCUUCUAAAAUAAUGCCUGUGACUUUACUCAGUUGCAACAAGACUGUCUGCUUAAUGUUGUAGAAUGAAAGCAACUUAGUAUCUCAAGGCUACACAAAUAUAGGCAUUACUGUAACUUAUUCUGUUUUGACUUAUAUCAGGUGAGCAGUUAAAAUAACUUCAAGCUUAAAGGAGUUCCUGGACAUUUGUCCAUACUUCUGAAACAUGCACAUAGUCAAUAUAAUUUUUUUUUAAAAAAAGCCAUUAUAAAUGUUGUUGAAUGUAUAUCCUCUUUCAUAUCAAUAUGAUUACAGACAUGCCAUAUUAAUGUAUCUUGCUGGUAUUCUCAGUACUGUAAAAUAUAGAGUCAAUUGUGUUUGUGCAUAGCACUCUUUUUCUUGAGGCCUUUUUCUCACCAUCUCCAAAUAAUUUUGUAUACUUUUCCAUUGAAGAAGCAAACUUGUGAAUUCUUGUUUCAUCUAUACAUAUGAAUGUAAUUCUGCUUCUCCGAAUGUGCUUUUCCAGUGCUCCUAUUUCAAGGAGUAGGUGGAAUAAGUUUUUAAAAAAUGGUAGUGUAGGAAUUUUUCUUAACUGCAUGAUUUUAUGAAUUAGUGUGUUUUUAAAAUAGGGCAUUUGAUAUUUUAAAAGUGUUUCAUGACACUUGUAAACUUAUCUCCCUUUUUUUGUUUUGGCAUUGCCAUGGAAAAUCUGAUAAAACACUGAAUUAUUCUUUGUAAUUGAUCCCCUGAACAGGCAUACAGAUUCCUGCUUAGAAGUAUAUAUUGUUUUUAAAGGGAUCGAUACGGUAUGAGAAGUAUAUGAAUACUUUUAAAAUUUGGAUCUAGAUUACAUUAAAAUUCAAAAUACAUUAAAAAGAGUGACUGUUCUAGAUGCUGAACCACAUCAGAAAAGGCUUAAGUUAAAAAGAUUUUAAAAAUGUAAUUGCUUCUUCACACACCUUUCUUUAGCAGAAUUUGAAGACAAACACCAUUCUUGAGUCAGCUUGGCCCUUUUCAAUUUUUUUCUAGCUUCAAAAAUGAUUAUGAGCCAAAAGCUGUCCACUAAGUAUUUGCAAGGAAAAUAUCUGAGUGAAUGUAUAUGUGGGCUAGCACUUUGUAUGAUGGAUGGGAUAGUGACUGGCAGAAAUUGAGAGACAAUCCCGGGUUGUUCAACUGAGAUUUAUCAGUAAGUCCAGAAUGAUGAUGUUUGGACUGCCAAGGAUGAGGGUGUGUCCCAUUGGCAAAAAAGUCUUUGUUCCUCUAACAACCAAAGACAAACUACAUAUACCACCUUUCUGCUCUUGCACCAGCACUUUACUAACUUCACAAUCUUAUACAUGUUUUCUUAGAAAUAAGCCUCAAUGAAUAAUGGAGCUUAUUUGUUUAUGAGUGUAUAGGAUUACAUCCUAAUUAGUCUUGCAGUGUGAGCUUUCUCUGGCAACAACCAUUACAGCAAAUCUUUCAACCUAGUCUGAUAUGCUGCUGCAUGUGCUACAACAGAUUUAAGAAGACUUUUCCUCUUAAUUUGCCCUUGAGUCUUAGGGCUACUUCUAAUUCUGAUGUCAAUUCAUUAAUAUCACUUGAGAAUCAGAAAUGAACUUCUUUCAAAUGUUGUUCUUUAGAUAUGAGCAAAUCUGAAGUAGCUGUUUAUGGUGGAUGUUAAAUAUAUGCAAUUCCUGACUUGAUGAUUGCUCUCUUCCAAAGCAUGUUUACUUAGACAUUUGAUUAGUUUCAUUAGAACUUAAUUACAAGUAAAUGUGUUGAAGAAAGUUUUUUUAAUUACUUUCCUAAACACAUUUACUUGUAAUUAAGUAAAGUUCUUGCAUACCUAUCGACCAGAAGUAAGAUCCAGAUCCAUAUUUUUCUAGAAGCAUAUGGGUUUGCUGACUUUACCUUUCUCUUGCAGCUUUUGCACAACAUCAAACAUCACUCUUGAAUGUUCUUGACAUUCAGAAGUAACCUUUCUGAUGGCAUAAGGGAUUGCAGCAGAGACAAACUGGGAAUAGAAAGCCCUUGUGUACAUUUAAAACUAGUUCUGUAGCCUUGUGUAUUGUGGAUACUAUAUAGUAAUCUAUUGUGUUUAUAGCAGAUUAUAUAAAGGAAAACUAAUGGAAAAAUACAUGUCAACAAACAAAAAGAGAUCUGUUCCCCUGAUUGCAACACAGCAAUGAAAAGAACAGGUAUGGAACAAGAGGGAGGGAAGAAAUGAAAAAUGCAUGGAACAAAUGAGUUUAUAAGAUUUUGAAUAAGAUUUGUUUGACAGCUUUGCUGAUGUUCCCUGGGUGGGCAUUUUUACAUGUUUUCCUAACAAAUUCCUGCUCUUGAGAGGGGAAAGGACAGAGACACAGUUUUUAGACCUCAGUGGUUAUGAUAUGGCAAGAUGUGAAAAAGACUAGCCACCUCUUGAGCUUGCCUGCUUCCCUCCUGUUUCUUUCUCCCACAUGGCCAAUGGAAGGAAUCUACCAGCUUUCACUUCAAAUAUUAGUUAACCACAGUUGUCAUGUGUCUGGUAUGAUAAACACUGGUUAACAUAGGGCCGGAGCAGAUGAGCAGGAAAAAGUUGCUUGAUCUUGGGUUUUCUGGAAGCAGGUCGAAACCCCGCUAUUGUCAAGGCAGGCUGAACACUCACAGGCUGUUCACAUAGUGUCAAGAUGUGCUGCACAGUUAUUCUUUUCCUGCCUCCCCACAAUGCAUGUGCACCAUUGCACCACCUACAACCUCCAGUUAUCUCCCUCUUCCUGCCCAGAUGCCAUUCCUGUAUGACCUGCCACACAGUUGUACUGUGAUGCACCACCUGUACAGUCUAUUGGUGCAUUGGUGUGCCCACUGAUACAUUGGCAAAGCACAAUCAUGGAGGCCCCCUUCACCCUGUUGAACUGUCUGGUUUGUGUGUGUGGUAAUUACAUCCAUUGCAUUAUUGCCUUUUUGCUUUGCUGCAGUCCCAUACAGAUGUUGGGCUGUUUAUAUGCCUGGGCAAUAAUGCACAUUUUCCACCUUGGGUCAGAAUAUCCCAGCUUCUUUUUGCUGCAGUUUUUAGCCCUGGAGCACAGCUUCAUUUCACUUUCCUCCUAGCUUUGCCUCAUGCAUUAUCUGGACACCCCACCUUCUAAAGAAGUUAGAAGCUGCUUUAUGUGGCCAGUGCAGACUACCCCAUAAACUAUGUUGGUUUCAUAGUUUGAGGAGCAACCUCAAAAUGUAGUUUCUGAAGCUGACUUGAGGAACUACCCAUAGUUGGCAUGAUUCCCAAUUCAGGUAACAUGGGAAGCUGUGGUGAAACAGAAAAGGAAGCAAAUACUUCUGAGUGUUGUCUCACCCAGAGGGAUUCAAGGAAGUGGGGUACCAUGUAGUUCUGAGAAGAAGCUAGGCUAAUUCACUUCUUGCUCAGCUCUAAUGUUUUAGGAUGUCUUAGUGUGGCCAGAAGAUCUUUUUGCCAAAUGUAAUCACCAGGCAGAAAAUUACUACUUUCCCCCAAAUGUUUUGAGGUAAGUAUGGCAAAUUUUUUACAUCUAGUUUAAAGAUGCUCCUAUGCUCAUUUGAGUUUCACAUCCUUUUAUCUUGUUGACUAAAAAUUAGAUGAAAGCUGUUGCAGAGUAACUUUCAGCAAAUCCAAGUGUUUUUUUAAACAAUAAUCUCUUUUGAAAGCUCUUUAAAGUAAAUUAUAUUAAAUUAAAUACUGAAUGCUCAGUCCUGUACUGAACUUAAAACUGAAAAAUAGAACUUUGUGUUUCUCUUACAAAGUAUGCUUCAGCGUGUGCUUUUUUCAAACCAAUUUCCCAAUACAGAUGAAGAUUUAAUCCACUCUGUCACAAUUAAAUAAGGAAAAAAUAUGAGUUACCAUAAAUUAUGUAACUGUAUGUAAGUUUACAUGAUAUAACAGUUUCAAAGUUUACAUUGUACACCCAGAACCACUAUAAAAUUGAAUGCUGUAUUGGGACUAGUUUUUUGAAUGUGAGACUUUCAAAGUUUGUUUGUAUACUUUCUAUAAAGUAUAUAGUCAUUGGA